GGUCGCCGCCGCCAUCGCCGCCAUGGCCUGGGGCGCCUCGCUCGCCGAGUGCCUGCGCGAGUGGGAGGAGCUGCAGGACGGCUACCAGCGCAUCCAGGACAACCACAAGCUGUACAAGCAGAAACUCGAGGAGCUGACCAAGCUCCAGGAUGGGAUCUCCAGCUCCAUAGCCCGGCAGAAGAAGCGGCUGAAGGAGCUGUCGCUCUCCCUCAAAAAAUGCAAACCCCAGGCGACUCCCGAGCAGGAAUCGUCCAUCCAAGAGACCCAGAGCCUGAUUAAAGAGAGGCAGAACGUUUUCUUUGAGAUGGAGGCCUACCUGCCAAAGAAGAACGGGUUGUACCUGAGUCUGGUGCUCGGCAACGUGAACGUGACACUGCUCAGCAAACAGGCCAAGUUUGCAUAUAAAGAUGAGUACGAGAAGUUCAAGCUCUACCUCACCAUCAUCCUGCUCAUUGUCUCCUUCUCCUGUCGGUUCGUCCUCAACUCCAGGGUGACAGACGCCGUCUUUAACUUCCUCCUGGUGUGGUACUACUGCACCCUCACCAUCCGCGAGAGCAUCCUCAUCAACAACGGCUCCAAGAUCAAAGGCUGGUGGGUUUUCCAUCACUACAUCUCCACCUUCCUCUCAGGUGUCAUGCUGACGUGGCCAGAUGGGCUCAUGUACCAGAUGUUCAGGAACCAGUUUCUCUCCUUCUCCAUGUACCAGAGCUUUGUGCAGUUCCUGCAGUAUUAUUACCAGAGUGGCUGCUUGUACCGGCUGCGAGCGCUGGGAGAGAGGCACAACAUGGAUCUGACUGUGGAGGGCUUCCAGUCCUGGAUGUGGAGAGGCCUCACGUUCCUGCUUCCCUUCCUCUUCUUUGGGCAGUUCUGGCAGCUCUACAACGCCAUCACCCUGUUCCGCAUGAUCCAGCACCCCGAGUGCAAGGAGUGGCAGGUCCUCAUGUGCGGCCUCCCCUUCUUCAUCCUCUUCCUGGGCAACUUCUUCACCACCCUCCGUGUCGUCCACCAGAAGAUUCAGAACAAGAACCAGGACACAAAGGAGAAUUGAAGUGGGGCAGUGUGGGGGCCUGGACUGUUCCUCCCCACCAGCUCCAUCCCCUAUCCCCCUCUCCUCAGUUCCGUCCGGACUCUGGUGUCUCAUCCCAUUCCUCGGAGGCCUGGAUGUGGGACAGAUCUUGGGGCCUGCUCCUGGACAGUCCAUGUGCUGAGCACGGGGCUGGAUCCGUGCUGGAGUCACUCACCUGGAGUCGGGAGCACCCUGCACCUCCUCUCCUGGCUGCCUCCCACAUCCACACAGCGGGAUGCUUGGGACAGCCACUCCCCUCCCUUUUCCUGGGAUGUUCUGUGGAUGUCCCCACCCCAGUGGGACAGGGCAGUGUCCUGCACUGCCUCACACGGCUCCUGGGCUGCUCGAGGACCCCUUGUCCCCCCAGCCCUGCAGCCAGGGCAGCCCAGGGGUGUUGAGUGUUGAGGGCACUCCAGGGGUGUCCCAGCUCCUUCCUCACCUUCAAUCCAGAGGGAAGGGCCAGCUGGGGCAGGGCUGGGAGCAGCAGGAGCCUGGCCCAGGCCUCUCCCUGGAGCUGUGCAAGCAGCGCCCUGGGCUGGCAUCUCCUGAGGCUGCACGGGUGAAAAUAAAGGGAAGGAGCUGCCCUGCCUCACCGGGACAGUCUGGGAACAGCUUCCACACUCUGCUCUGCAGCUUUGGGUCAUCAGGAAGUGGGUCCUGGCACAACCUCCCUGUGAGGAGGGUGGAGGUGGGGGUCAGAGGACAAUUGUCACAGUAGGACAAGAGGAAACAGCCUCAGGUUUCACCAGGGGAGGUUUAGAUUGGUUAUGAAGUAUCUUCACAAAAAAGGGGUGUCCAGCCCUGCCAGGGGCUGCUCAGGGCAGUGCUAGAGUCACCAUCCCUGCAGGGAUGUAAAAGCCAUGUAGGUGUGACAGCUGGGGACAUGGUUGAGUGGUUGGUGUGGCAGUGCUGGGUUAAGGGUUGGCCUCAAUGAUUUGGAGGGGUUUUCCAGCCUAAAUGUGCCCAUGAUUUUAUGAAAAGUCAUCUCCCUGUGCCCUUCCACCAGCCUGGGCUGCAGGCAGGGCUCCUUCCCGUGGCACCCGAGUCUGCACAGGCUGUGGCCAGAACCGUGGCCGCCCAAGGAGCUCGGUAGAACCUCAGUGUCCCUGGAGGUGGGGAAGAGCCACCCUGCACCAGCAUCGGGAGCUCUGGAAGAACCAAAGAGCAGGUUAGGCACAGCUGCACCCCAGUCCAGAGCCCCCCACUGCCAUCCUCCCUCCCCUCCCACAGCCCAGCACUCGGGGUAGGGGCUGCCCCCAGCUCAGCCUAAACCCAGAGCUGCCACCACAUCCCCAAAUUUCCUCCCAGUUAUCAUUGACUGCUCCUCCUGCCUCCUUCCCUCUGGCUGAGCAGAGAGAAUGCAGGAAGC